AUGGGCGAAAAGGGCCAGUUUCACAUCAAAGGAGUGGGCGAGCUCGACAAAGACGGAAAGUUCAGCGUCAGGCUCCCCAGCGAGAUCGUCAAAGAGGAGGGGGGGCUCAAGAAAGAGUGCUUUGCGCAGCUCCACGGUGGCUCCAAGAACACUCCCUGCCCCUCCGCCGGCGGCGGCUUCGACGCGGCGAAGCUCGUCCCCAAGUCAGUCGAGGGUGGGAAGCACACGUUCGUCACGGCCGGGAAGCUGAGCUUCUCCUCUGAGACAUGCGCGUCUACUUUCUUCUUCUGGGGGGAUCAUCCGUGGUUCAAGCCGAUAAACAAGUUCCCAUGGUACUUCCCCCCCAAGUACUACCCUCCAGUUUACCAGCCUCCCACUCCGGUGUACGAGGCACCCCCACCGCCCGUUUAUACACCUCCCGAGUACUCACCACCGCCCCCUCCUCCCGAGUACUCACCACCGCCCUCUCCUCCGGUGUACUCGCCACCGGAGGGUCCUUCUUCGCCGCCGGAGGGUCCUUCAUCGCCCCCAGAGGGUCCUUCAACGUCGCCCACUCCCCCGGUUUACACAGGAACACCCCCUCCUUAUCACUACAAACCCCCUCCUCCUUACCACUACACACCCCCUCCUCCUUACCACUACACACCCCCUCCUUACCACUACAAACCGCCCCCUCCUUAUCACUACAAACCGACCCCUCCUCCUUAUCAGUACAACCCGCCACCUCCUUACAACUACAAACCGCCCCCUCCUGUGUACUCACCACCACCAGAGACAACACCCCCACCAGAGACAACACCACCACCAGAGACAACACCGCCACCAGAGACAACACCCCCACCAGAGACAACACCACCACCAGUGACAACACCGCCACCAGAGACAACACCCCCUCCUGAUCACUACAAACCCCCUCCUCCUUACCACUACACACCCCCUCCUCCUUACCACUACACACCCCCUCCUCCUUACCACUACACACCCCCUCCUCCUUACCACUACACACCCCCUCCUCCUUACCACUACACACCCCCUCCUUACCACUACAAACCGCCCCCUCCUUAUCACUACAAACCGACCCCUCCUCCUUAUCAGUACAACCCGCCACCUCCUUACCACUACAAACCGCCCCCUCCUGUGUACUCACCACCACCACAUCCCGUUUACUCACCACCACCCCACAAAACACCACCACCCGAGACAACACCACCACCUCCUGAUCACUCGCCGGGGGUUCCUCCAGUGAUCUCACCGCUGGGGCAUCCUGUGUACUCACCACCACCGCAUCCCGUGUACCCACCACCGCCCGUCACACCCCCAACACCUCCUGUGUACCCAUCACCGCCCAUCACACCACCAACACCUCCUGUAUACUCACCAACACCACCAGUCUACCAUUACAAGCCACCGCCGCCCGUCUACAAUUACAAGCCGCCGCCGCCCGUCUACAAUUACAAGCCACCGCCGCCCGUCUACAAUUACAAGCCGCCGCCGCCCGUCUACAAUUACAAGCCGCCGCCCGUCUACAAUUACAAGCCGCCGCCGCCCAUCUACAAUUACAACCCGCCACACCACAAGUACAUGUCUCCGCCCAAGUACCACACCCCUCCGGAGUACAAUCCGCCACCAGUCUAUGUACCACCAAAGGACUGCCCUCCGACCUACGGCAGUCCCCCAAUCGAGACCCCCCCAGGUUACGGGAACCCACCGCCACCUUACUAG